AUGAAACCGAGCUACUGCCGUCUACGCACGACAGAAUUAUUCGUCGAAGGAGUUCAAAAGCAUGCGACCAGUGUCGACGUUCAAAAUCAAAAUGUCAGCGGAUCAGCGACCAGCCUUGCCAGAGCUGCGCUGCCCUUGGGCUUGAAUGCACAUUUCUUGCCCGUCUGGUUCAAAGGCCCCAGCCGUAAACGAGGCCCAGCGAAAGGCUAUCUCUCAGAUCUCGAGAUGAAGUUGCAUCAGAUGGAAGCACUCAUCGGUGUUCUUCUCGCCUCCAAUGAUCCUCGUGCUGUAUCACUUGUGGCAGACAUUUCUCAAGACUCGGCUGCUCGUGAUAUCCUACAGCGUGUCGACAGCAGUGCUGUGGGUACUCGACAGCUAUCACAAGAGCCCACAAAUGCCCGUUCUGGCAGUGCUAGCGUAGGGAAGCGGAUCGCCACAGAGCUUGCAGAUUCAACUCAAGAGUGGCAGCGACACCUCGGUAUGAUUAUCACGAACCGUGGUCUCGGGCAAACCACAGAUGCUUCUGUCGCGGCUGGGCAACAUGGUUAUUCUCCACACUCCAAGAGCACCAUAUUUCCCGGACUGCAAGCAUUGAAUCCAAUGGUGCUUAACGCGGCGGGAUCUGAUUCCCGUUCAAGUAGUCCAAGCCGAAGAAGAAGGUUGGAGCCCUUGACCCCACUAACUGCAAACUCACCUGGUGCCACGGGCUCAAAUGCGUCCGUCAUUCUAUCUGGACGAGGUACCCCAGAACUAUCAGACCCAGAGGAUCUUCAUGACGCUCUGGGGCAGCUUAGUCUGGAUGACGCAUCUCAGAUACGCUAUCACGGCAAAGCCAGCGGCCUUCACCUUCUUGGACAGACAGAACGGGUGGAUCGUCGGGCGGAAGGUGGGAUAUGGCGAUUUCCACCAGCGCGUGUCUGGCCCCCAACGGAGAAGCCAAUUGAGAAAGCCAGAGCGCUGUUUGCUAGUGAUUUCGGGAUACAGUUACCAACUUUGGAACAGCAACGUUACCUCCUUGAUGUCUUCUUCAACUGCAUCAACCCAACGUUUCCCUUGUUUGACCGCGAGGCAUUCAUGCAAGCGUGGAGUCUGGGAAUAGAUGAAUCAACCGAGGCGCCUCCUGUCCCGACAUUCAUCCCCUCCCGUCUCCCUAUCCCCCUCAUGCUCGUGAUCUUUUCCAUAGCGAUGCGCCUCACGUUCGAUAUCAACUCUGAUGCCGCUGAAGGAACUAUGUCUUCCACAGGGGAUGAGUACCUUUCGGCCGCAAAGUAUAUGAUGACUGCCAAUCCAUAUGCUGCCUCACGUCCAGCAACGUGUCAGGCGUACCUUCUCAUCGCUUACCGCGAGAUUGGUAUUGGUGCAAUGAGCCAAGCAUGGCUAUUCCUCGGCGUCGCAAUACGAAUGGCCCAAGAUUUGGGUCUACAUCGAAGUGUAGACAAGUUUCACACCAUCGCAGCAAAUCUGUUUGCGGCUCAAGAAAAGGAAGCAAGAAACCGUGUUUGGUGGUGUUGUGUUGUUCUGGACCGAUAUGUAUCGACCUAUAUUGGUCGACCUUGCAUGAUCUUCGAGCGCGAUUACGAUACGCCUCUACCAAUCGAAACAAGCAGCGAAGCGGAUGAGAUUUGGACAUCACCCCGCCUGCCGCCAGGGGACCAUUCCCAACAUCAACUAGAGCAUUUCUAUAGACCAACACAGUCCCAUAGUAUUGCCUGUCUCGGAGCAGCUUCUCGUCUGUCCUCCAUACUUGGGCAGAUCGUAGAAUCACUAUAUUCGGUAAAGCAAGUGGUUCCUUCACGUCAUCAUGAAGCAUCAAGGAUUGAAGAGGCUUUGGAAGCGCUGUACCUAGAACUACCAACAUACCUCAAGGUUGAUUUGUCGUCCGGAAUUCCCAGGAAUCUACCUCCUCCACACAUCGUGGUACUCAAUAUGCAGUAUUGGAAUGCAAUAUUGCUCCUUCAUCGGCCGUUCAUUCUUAAGCGAACGAACAUCCGGCGCGACUCACCGGACGCUGUCAACAGUCCCGCCGACUCUGAUGUUCUCAGAGCGUCGGCAUCUCGCGCACUCGAUCUCUGCAAAGUUGCAGCGAUGAAUGUCAGCAACGCUGCAAUCAUGCACGUCUUUCUUUUAAACCAGCAGCCUGACAACGUGUCUGAAUGCGUUGGUCACCUGCAGGAAUGUAUGGAGACUCUUCGAGGAAUCUCAUCUCUAUGGCCCGCAGCAGGCAGAGGCUGGGAGCUAAUUAAUGGUUGUCGAGCUACCAUCCGCCGGCCGACGCCUGUGCGUCACCUUGCAAUGACAAACAAGAAGUCAUACGACGAUAUCGCCCAGGCCUAUCGCAAUACUGCUCAGCGUCGAGUACUGUCACAUGCUAAAUCCCUUUCUCACUUUGGCCGUCAUCACAAUGUCUCACCUCCAUCAUCGCAACCAGAAAGCACUGUGGGAUACGACCUCGGUACUUCGGCGCACACCCUCUCUUCUUUCCGUCCACAAACCAAUCCACCUUCAGCAGGGCCAUCCACACCACAAUAUGGAUCAUGGCCCACUGGGGAUAGCAAUAUGCUCCCACCUAGUUUCAGCCAGAUAUCUCCUACUCACGCACGAAGCGCAUCGGUAGGCUCACAUCGCGACCAGCAGGCGCCAACAGCGAUGCCCCAUUUCUGGUCGGAUCCCUUCACGGAUUCCAGUUUACUCACAUCAAACUAUUACGGCCUCCAGGGUAUGGGUCGGCAAAUACAAAUGGCUCUCGAUCAGAAUCCCAAUACGCAGUAUGGGCAGGUGAAUUAUACACCUUUUGAGGGGACGGGGUUCUGA